GACUCAGCAAGCCAUUGUACAAAAGGUUAGAGCGUGGUGCUUGCUUGCGCUGGCGUCGGCAGCUUCCGCCGAUUCUCAGUUCGAGGAUUGCAUCGGGUCACUGGAAUUCGAUGCCCAUGUCCAGCAACUCCCGAUCCCCAACAUUGAGGAUGUAAUCGAUCCAUUCUUUGGGGCUUGGAAUGCCGCUCUUAAUUCGGGCAUGUCUAAGAUUGCUCCUAAUUCCGUCCCUAGUAUCACCGAAAGGUUUCGCAAUUUUAUUCGACUACGCGAUAACGGCCUUGAAUGAGCUUGUCCAAGUGUCGUGGAAAAUCAGGUUCGGUACGCCGCCCGAGAUCGCCCUACAAGUGCCAUCACUCCAUCGAAAAUUGGAAAGGCAUAACCCAGACGGAUUGUAUUCCCUCUUGUUGGAAUACUUCCAUUUGCCAGCGUUGGAAGCCUACCCUGUCGUGGAAUCAUUUACUGCGGAGUUGAAGCAUCACGCGCACUACCCUCCACCGGUGCUCUUGAGCAGUGUGCUACGACGGUUGGGGGACGCUGUGGUGUUAGAAGUCCUGUUGAACGCUGAGAUGGCCGAGGACACAGUCACUUUGCUGAACCGGGGUGAUAAUCCCACUGAGGAGACAGAACAAGCGCUGAUGAAGUUCAAGAAUGAUCUCGACACCAGGACCAGGCAGAUACCGCGGGCAACAGAAUCCGAUUGGGAGCGUGCUACUGACGUGCGUUCAACAGACCAAAGCGCCAGUGAGAUUGGGCGAAAGAGGGCACUCGGAAAGAACCAGGAUUAACGCGCCAGGGCAGCCCUGACGUCAAGCGCUCCCGACCAGAUCUCAACCGAGGAGGUCCAGUUCGGUCACCUGUAAGCCCACUUGCAUUGCUUAAGACGGUGCAGGAAGUGCGGGCACGACAUUUUCCAGCUAGGGCAUCUGCAAAACCGUGACCUAUCUGCUAUCUGCUGCGCAUGCAAAUAAUAUAUUUUUCCAUCUUCAUUUCGAACACAUGUCAUU